AUGCAGGUUUCCCUGUUAGAAGACGUCAUCGGCUCGUUCGACAACUCUUCACUGACCCUCGAACUGCGCGACAACCUGUCCGCACUACUUGGCCUCCUCCCCGCCAACUUGACCGCGGGCCCGAAGGUCGAACGCGAGCGACAGUGGGUGUUGUCGGCAGGGACGCAAUUAGCGUACGCACUACUCUUCGGCAUCGUGGUGCUGGUGGCUGUGUGCGGAAAUUCGCUGGUUGUGUGGAGCGUGGUGUCUCACCGGCGCAUGCGGACGGUCACGAACCAGUUCUUGGUGAAUCUCUCCGUGGCGGACUUCAUGACAGCCGUGUUCAAUGCUGCUUUCAACUUCGUCUACAUGCUGGAGAGCCACUGGACCUUCGGUGAACCGUACUGCGUGUUCAGCAACUUUGUGGCGAAUCUGACAGUGGCCUGCUCAGCUUUCACCAUGGCCGCCAUGAGCAUCGACAGGUACAACGCGGUGAUGCAACCGCUGAGCCGUCGCCUGUCCCGCUGUGAAGCUGCAGUCACCAUGGCGGCCAUCUGGGCUGCAUCAGCGCUUCUGUCAAUGCCUACGCUGCUCUUCUCGCGCACCCGCUCCUACUACUACGCGGAUCGGAGCGUGCGAACCGUCUGCCUGCUGGUGUGGCCCGAUGGCAUCCCGGGCGCCUCAGUGGCCGACUACCUGUACAACGUCGCAUUUCUCGUGCUAACGUACGUCGUGCCCGUGUCCACGAUGGCGGUGACCUACACACGCAUGAGUCGCGAACUGUGGGGUUCCAGCUGCAUCGGGGAGUUCACUGAGCACCAGCACAACGCACUGCGCAACAAGCAGAAGGUUGUGCGUAUGCUGUUCACCGUGGUAUUCCUGUUCACCGUCUGCUGGCUUCCGUACCACGUCUACUUCCUGUACGUGUUCCACCACCCCAGCGUAGUGCACUCGGAUGACAUCCAACACGUGUACCUGGCUAUGUACUGGCUCGCAAUGUCGCACGCCAUGUACAACCCCAUCGUCUACUACUUCAUGAACCACAGGUUCAACCGGUACUUCCGCCAGUGCCUCUGUUGUUGCUGCUCCCUGCUGCCGGACGCGCCAGCCGCGCGAAGCCUUUCCGCGACGGCGCGCUCCAGCCACAACAACUGCAGCAGCCUUCGGGGCCGCAUUGCGUUCCGCGUCAAGUUCAGAACGGAUCUGGAAGGAAGGAACCAGUCGCCAGUGGCCGCUACUGUGGCAAAGCCCACCGGCCAGCAGGUCCUGACGCCCGUCCACAGGACACUACACUUCGCCGAACAUACGGCAUGAAGUGUAUGGGUGCAGUGCUGCAAUAGAAGAAUAUCGUCUGUGGAGUGGAAGUGACAGUGGUGUUUCCUUUCGGAUCUAGACGUCUACUUCCUCAUUUCUAUUGAAAGUGGGAUGUUUCGCUCCUCUUAAGCAGAGACUCACACCAUACUGGAAAUGAAGUAGCGUUUUGCGAUGACAACGCGGCGAUUCGAACACAAAUGUGAUGUUGAAAGCUGCCCUCAAACACAUAUGUACCUAAAUCUAGGGGGAGCUGCUCGAAAUGGUUGUCGUGCAACGCUUUUUAAUAACGCGCUUGUUCGUCCUUUCAUUCGCAUUUAAAUGAGUCCCGGCGUGAAAACUUCAAACAAGAUUUCUAUUUCUUUUCUAAUCCUUUUGUACGUGCUGAUGCCAAUAACCGCUCAAAUUAGACACACCUUGCAGCAAAAUUGUCUUCAAAAAAGUAACUCCUUGACUUGACGUCCAACAGUAGCCUG